AUGCCGUUCGAAAGGGAACAUCAUCGUCUAGAAUCGCUUCUUCAUGAACUGCUUGAUGACGACAGACCAUCAAUGUAUUCAAACAGUGAAGCUGGAAGUGACAUCAAACUGGAGAAUGCUUCACCAAACGACAUACAGGAUUCAAACAGCGAAGAGGAGCUAAGUGACCGAGAAGCUUCAGGUAACAACUGUGCCUUUUAUUUAGGAAAGGAUAAAAGUACGAAAUGGAGCAAAAAAGCUCACCGCCAAUCUGUCUGUACUAGAGGUUUCAAUAUAAUAACUCAGUUACCAGGACCUAAACGAGUUAUAUCUAGUGAAAAGGACCCUCUUGGUAUUUGGAGACACUUCUUUGACGAUACUAUUAUUUUAAGAUUAUUGUCGAAUAUACCAACCAAUACAUUGCUUCCGUGA